CGGAGCACAGAGGUAUAUUUCUCAUAUGCUGCGUGUUGAAGAAGCGGAGAGGCGCCCAGAUUUGCUAAGCUUGCCAUGCCCACAGCCUAUCCUAGCCCGAGACCCAACCUCCCCAGCAGCCAAAGAUCUGGAAGCCCUCGGCGCCCAAAUCUUCCCCGGCGACUUCGACCAUUUCACCUCCCUCCAAGCCGCGAUCUCCAACACCCAAGCCAUCUUCCUCAACGUAACCCCAACCCCAUCCGACACCACCCAGGAGAUCACCCGCGCGCAAAACAUCCUCGAUGCAGCCAAAUCCGCCCCCUCCGUCACCACCAUCAUCUUACUCCAGCGUCGUCAUGACCGGCAAACACGAAACCUUUCCGGCCUGGGGUUCCGAUUACCCAUUAGCAUGGUACUGGACCAACAAAGCGCAGAUUGAAACGAUGGUGCGAGACGCCGGAUUCCAGUACUGGACAAUCUUACGCCCGGCGUUUCUCAUGAACAAUUACCUCCUUCCGACGGCGUCGUCCAUGUUUCCGGAAUUAGUGGCGGGGGAGAGUACUACGAGGAGUGCGUUUGUCACGGCUUAUCGGCCGGAUACGAAACUGACGGUGGUGGAUCCUGGUGAUGUGGGCAGGUUUGCGGCUGCGGCGAUUUCGGAUCCGCGCCGCUUUCAUGCCCGGGAGAUUGUCAGGGAGUUGAGUCUGGCGAGUGGGAGGGAGAUCGCCCUAGAGUUUGAUGAGAGGGAGGAGGCGGAGCGUCGUGCUGCGAGGGAUCCGAGAAUCUGGGCCCAGUUGUGGGCAAAUGAGGUGGGGUAUCAGGUGGAUUUGGAUGAGCUGCGAAAAGUAUGGGAUUGAGAUGACGGGGUUCAAGAGAUAUCUGGAGAAGCGGACAGAUGCGGUGCGGCGGACUUUUUUGGUUACAUAGUAUAGCUGGCUGGUUGCCAAUGUAAUAUUCAAUUAGGAAUGAUACCUUCUGU